CGAGCGCCCACUAGAGGAAACAUUACACAUUUCUCUCCCUUCACCUCCAGAGGGCGGGGUUUUCCUUAAAUCAGUAGUACCGCAUAUUUACAUAUUAUCAGAUUCGCUCGCUUAUCGCAAUAAUAAUAUAUAACGGGCCGAAUAUAGUGUGGACGUAGAUUUUCCGCUGCUAACAGAACAAUUAAAAUAUCCUUUUAUAAUGAGUUUCUUACAGUUGGCCGAGAAUUUCUUCAGCUUGCAGAAGGCGUAAAUAUAUGGUGGCAGCACAAUGUUGCAGGCUUCAGGAAGUUGCAUAUUUGAAUCGAUUCAACGAGGUGAGAUCGAUCUAGUUUCCCAUUUAUUGCAGCAGGAUCGGGGCGUCUUAAAACAAAAAGGUGAGUCUUUGUUUUAAAGGGGGCUGAAAUUGAUACACCGAGAGGUGAUGGCAGAGAUUGCACUGAUCCUCUGUUAACAUUUCACCGUCAUCUUCCUGAUCCGGUUUCAGGUCAAGCGGGGUUUUUUCAUUCUUUCACCCACCUAUCGCUUGCUUUAUUAUCUAUUCAUGGCCACUAAUGAUUAAAGAAAAGACAUAAACGUGCGAUAAUUUUGAAUGCAUUUGUCGUUUCAAUAGCCAUGGUUCUUCCUGUCUGUUUUCGUCUGAUACCUGUUACGCUUUGUGAGAUGUCCUACAUGUCUUUUGUACCAUUGUAACUAGUAUAUUUUUCUCCAAAAUUCUAUAUGGUUAUUGUUACUACAGUAACACUGUCAACACGGUGAUCAAAAAAGGGGGAGUUAAACUGACAAAUGUUCAGAAAGCUUACUGCGGGUGAUUUCAUACUCGACUUUACAGUUGCAACUAUACGGAGCUCCUAAAAGGGACGUGGUGGUGGAGGAAAAAAGGGAUUGGAGGAAAAAAAAAAGGUGAAGUGUUAAGGUGAAGUUAUUGAGUAUUUUUCAUAAUAUAAAAUGAGCAAAAGGGUUUUGGGUUUUGCACUUUUCAGACGGUCCCUUCAGACUUGUCUCUCCGCAACCUGCUCAUAUACAUUAUAAAGCACAUUUGAGGAAAAUUGGGUUGUUGUAGCUCGUUGUCUAGGUUACUAUGAUUGGAAGUAGCUGCAUUUGUGUUUUAACAACGUGUAGCUCACGAGUUAUUGAUCCGGGAAGCUCGAAACUGUGAAUAUAUUGCCAACUUAUAUUGCAGCUUGACUAGCACUGACUGCUUUUCUUUAUAUUUGAGUUCAACAAGUUCAAACUCUGUAAGUCGCGCAUUAUUAACGUAUGGAGCUGACUGAAACACUACUACCAGCCAGCGGGACAUUAAAGAGGAAGUGUUUGUCCGAGCUCACAGCAAGGGAACGAUAAUAUCUUUUUGAGGGAACGCAAAAGUUUUGCGAGGGAACGCAAAAGAUUUGGGGGAAAAAAAAAUUCCUCCCAUCCCAAAUUUUUUUCCACCAGCACGUCCCUUUAGGGGCUCCGUACAACUAUUAGGCUACUAUAUAGUAACUUAUAUUUUAGCUGAAAUUAUGAUGAAUAAAUCUUUUAGAAGGAAACGAAGCUAGUGAAGAAUAUGAUUUCCAUCUUUAAAAAUUGUUAGUUUAGUACUGUAUAAAAUAUAUUAAGAUAUAUAACUGUGGUCAAUUAAAUAAUAUUAACAGACACAAUUUUGUUUUUUAAUAAUGAAUUAGUAAAUAUUGAAAUUAACAAGAUAAGAUUAAUAAAUGCUUGAAAUAUUUUUCGUUAGUUCAUGUUAACUAAUGAAUGUAACUAAUGGAACCUUAUUGUAAAGUGUUACCCUGCUAGGCAUUAACAUCAUGAAACUCAGUAAAGCUGCUUUGAAACAGUGUGUAUUGUGAAAAGCGCUAUACAAAUAAAUUGACUUGACUAUAAACUUUUAUAACCGAUGAGCAAUACAGAUACAUAGACAUCAUGAGAGAUUAUUUUAUGUAUACACAACUUUUCCACUGCAUGUUUAUAUUUUAAUUGUCACCUCAUGUUUUUGGAUAGUCACAAAAAACCUUUUCCCAGCACCAUGAUUUGUCAUAUUUUAUAAAGCGUUUUCAUUUUCUCAGGUUGGGGAGGUUUCACAGCCCUUCACUUUGCUGCUCUCCAUGGAAACCGGCCAGUGGCUGAGCUUCUGCUGAACAGUGGUGCUGAUCCAAACAUCCCUUGUGAUGCAGGACAAACUCCUUUUCACUUCGCUUGCAGAAAUGGCAAUAUUUAUAUCAUGCACAAAAUGAUGCAGCACGGUGCAGACUUGCACAUAGUAGAUGAGCAGGGGAAAUCAUCUCUUCAUCAUGCAGUCGGUGGUGGAAGUGUUAUUGCCAUGCAGUACCUGUGGGAGACUGGAAUGUUCCGUUUCUCAGAUGCGGAUAACUAUCAGGUCACUCCGCUGCAUUUGGCAGCUUCCAUGGGCAAUACUGAUGUAGUCCGGUAUCUCCUUAGAGCGAAUAGAUGCAUGCCAGAGGCAGUUGACCACCAGGGGGCGACAGCGCUUCACGUGGCUGCAGAGAAAGGCAUGAUUGAGGUGUGCUGGCUGCUGUUGAAGAGUGCCGGGCUCCACAUUUUACACAUGAAAAACCACACUGGCCUCACACCUCUAGACCUCUGUAAUCAAGGGAAUACUUUUAGACACCAGCAGCUCUCCAGGAUUCUGAUGCAUUUCAGUCAACGGCCAAAAGAUCUGAUUCCUAAGGACUCAUACGUGAUGUACUUCUGGGUGCUGUUGCUACCAUCUCUCAGUGGGGCAGCGGUUCUCAUUAUAGCUGCGGCUCUUGGUGAAUAUGGGGGUAUCUUCUCUGCAGUGCUUUUCCCCUGCAUGGCAAAAGUCAUUCUUUCUCAGUAUCACAGACUAAGCAGCUUUCAAAGGUUACCAAACCCUGUUUACCUGGGAACACUGACUGCAGGCCUAAUUCAUUCCACAGCAUGUUUUCUCUAUAAAAUUCUACCUAGUUUUUGGCCAGCUUAUACCCUCUUACACAUUUCACUUGUCCAUGUUUGUGUGCUUGCUGUACUUUUUUGGAAAGUUCUAAAUCAGAACCCGGGACAACUCAAAGAAGCUGACACCGAUUCUCGGUUUUCCAGCAUAGGAGACUUAAUGGAAGCCAGCCAGAGCCCAGACAGAUUCUGUAUUUACUGUGAGCUAAUUAAAGUGGACUAUUGCAAACACUGCCGUCUGUGUGACAUGUGCAUCCAAGACUACGACCACCACUGCCUCUUCCUCAAUCAAUGUGUGGGACGGGACAAUCACCGCAUCUUCGUCCUCUUCAUCAUGUCCAUGGUAAUGGCUCAUGUCAUCUUCAUCCUCAGUGCCGUUUACUACCUCUACCUGAAACUCUCAGGCUUGCAGCUGUCUGACUGGGGCUCAAUGGCGGGAAGAGAGGCCUGGGUCAUCCUGCUAGCUCUGCUCAACAUCCUCUCUCUGAUCUGGGUGGGAUGGUUGCUAGUUGAGCAGCUUGAUGCCAUUUCCUUGGGUACCACCACCUACUUUAGACGGUACGACCACAAGGGGCCUUCUAAAAUACAACGUUUGGGAACAGUCCUCUCUUUUCUUCUUGAAGGAAAAAGAAGACAGGAGCACAGUCAGUCUUUUAGCAUAUAGAGACUUUAGAGACUUUUUGAAAUUAUAAAGCAACAUCACAGUUUAGUCUGUAUCUUAUUGUUAUUUAUCAAUAUACUACACAACUGUCUGGAGGAGUCAAAGCCAGUCUGCAGAUUUUGUCCAGCCGCGUAGUGUAUGAUGGGCACCGAUUCCGUUUAAUAACAUUAAACACAAUUUAAAACAAAAGAAAAUCAUUGUGACUCCCAUAGUUUGUAAGAACAAAAGUGAAAAAAAAUACAUUAUAUUACCUAGAUUAUAAAUCUUGGUGUUAGUGCUUGAAUUAAACAGAGGUCACUGCUGGUUUUCCACUCCCAUAAUUGUAUCUGUACUGUUAAUUUUUUUUUAUAUAUAUAUAUAUAUGUGAAAUAUUUUAAAUAAACAUAUUUUAGUGUAAAUGUA